UCCCAUUGGCCGAUUCCUGGAGUGACCGUUAACGGCAGAAGGGCGGGGCGGGGGGCGGGGCGGGGGCGUUCCUGCCCGGAGACCGAUGACGCCGCUCUGAGAGGAAGGCGGAUUCUCAUUGGGCGUUGGGAAGAAAGGAAAGAAGGGGCGUGUCUCUCCGCCUGCCUCUCCGCUUCUCUCAAGCCCCGCCCCUCUGUGGGAAUCUUGCCCGCGGCCGCCAUGUUUCUUGAGGGCGGAAGUGCAGCGAGAGGCGGGAAGACUCGGGAUGGGCGGGGCCGGGCGGCGCUCUUUCCUGUCAGCGCCUUCGAGGGAAGGAAGGAAGGAAAGAAGGAAAGAGGAGGAGGCCUUUCGGAGAGAGAGAGAGAGAGAGAGAGAGGAGUAUUUAUACCCCGCCCUUCUCGCCCCGAAGGGGACUCAGAGCGGCUUACAGAACACGCAUACGGCAAACAUUCAGUGCCUGAUUCUACAAUUAACAAGGACAGACAACGCAGACACAGGAGUUUUCAACUGAACAUUGGAUUUGUUAUGUAACCACUUUCAUCCAAUAGAUGUCAUAUUGUGAUAAGUUUUCAAAUAAAUGUCUUUUCUAAACAAGCUCCUCUAUUUGGCAAUGCUUCAGGAAGAUGUUUUGACUUCUGUUCAAUUCAAGGUCUCACUGAAAAAUCUUCCUUAUUUCCUUUCUCUUUUCUCUCUAAUCCAGAACAUUACAAAUCACGAUUGCAUUGGGACUGUACCUAUUUCGUCACAAGAAGAACUUCACUUUAUCUUCGAUUUCAAAAUUUGAGCUUCCCCAUUCAUUCUUGUUUCUCCUCUUUCUUCCUUUUCUGUUUUCAGAGUUACCUCUUUGUCUUUGUCUAUAACAGAUUUCAUAUGCAAUAGGGUAACAGUGUAAAUCAAUGUUUCUCAACCAGGGGGUCGGGACCCCUGGGUAGGUCACCAGGGGGAUGUCAGAGGUGUUGUCAAAGACCAUCAGAAAACACAUAUUUCUGAUGGUCUUAGGAACCCCUUUGGCAGUCCUUGUGAAUGUGAUCAACAAAUUCUCUGGUUAAUUGGGGGACUAAUUAUUUAUUUAUUUAUUUAUUUAUUUUAUCAGACUUGUAUACCGCUACUCCCAGUUUGGCUCAGAGCGGUUUAAAUUAAAUUAAAUAAAUUAAAACAAUACACUUAGCUUUAAAAUAACAAUAAAAACAGACAUAGCCCCAUGUUUUUCACCCAUCGAAAGCUUGUCGGAAGAGCAAGGUUUUGCAGGCUUUCCAAAAGGCAAGUAGGCCUCGGAUAGUUCGAGUUUCAACUGGCAAGGCAUUCUAUAAAUGAGGGGCUACAAUCGAGAAGGCUCUCUGCCUAGUAGAAGACAAAUGAUAAGUCCGUAUGUUAGGGACUUCAAGCAAAUUUUGGUCUUUGGACCGAAGUAAUCUCUGGGGUUGGUAGGGGGAUAAGCGGGCCCUCAGGUACGCCGGCCCCAAACCAUGUAAGGCCUUAAAGGUUAGUACCAGUAUCUUGAAAGUAAUCCGGUACUCAAUCGGUAGCCAGUGCAGCUGUUGUAGAAUUGGGGUGAUACGCCACCUCGCCGGCACCCCGGCGAGAAGACGGAGCCGCCGCGUUUUGCACCAGCUUUAGUUUCCGGAUCACUGACAGAGGAAGGCCAAUGUAGAGGGCGUUACAGUAGCCGAGCCUCAAGAUGACCGUCGCCUGGAUCACCGUAGCCAGGUCGUUCCUAGAUAGGUAGGGAGCCAGUCGCCUAGCCUGACGUAGAUGGAAAAACGCAGAUCUGCUCACAGCAGAGACCUGGGCCUCCAUUGUGAGCAGAGGGUCCAAUAAGACACCAAGACUUUUUACAGAAGAUGACGGACGCAGUGUCUCGCCAUCCAGGGUAGGCAGCUGCAUCUCCCCCCCACCCGGACGGCCCAGCCAAAGGAUCUCCGUCUUCGCUGGAUUCACCCUCAACCUGCUGGCACGCAAUCAUCCAGUAACGGCCUCAAGGCACUGAUGGAAACUAUCGGGUAACCUCUAAACGAACCUUAUGAAGAAAACAUUGCCCUUUGCCUUUCGUCUGAAAUGAAAGUACGCAGGAUUAACAAGAACAAGAAAUGAAUUGGAGAAAUUAUAUUUCAAGCUACAUAACUUUAAAUGUAAGGAAAGGGAGGAUUGUGCUGUAAAAAGAGGGGUUGGUAAAGAGAAAAUAAGGCUACAGCAAUACAGAGACUGGGAAGAGGAAAUGUCCUAUUCAGGAGUCCAUAUCUGUGAACUUCAGGCAUAAUAUUAGAAUAAUAAAUGUUAAAAAAUGGAAAAUUCAUUGUCAAAAUCACACACAGGGGAGAAGCGACAUAAUUGUAAGGACUGUGGGAAAUGUUUCAUUGAGAGAAGUUCUCUUGCUAAACAUCAACGAACUCACACAGGAGAGAAGCCAUAUAAAUGCAUGGAAUGUGGAAAGAGCUUCAGUGAGAGUGGAAAUCUACGCGCCCAUCAAAGGACUCACACAGGGGAGAAGCCACAUACAUGCAUGGAAUGUGGAAAGAGCUUCAGUGAGAGUGGAAAUCUACGCGCCCAUCAAAGGACUCACACAGGGGAGAAGCCAUAUAAAUGCAUGGAAUGUGGAAAGAGCUUCAGUCGGAGUGGAGAUCUACGCACCCAUCAAAGGACUCACACAGGGGAGAAGCCACAUACAUGCAUGGAAUGUGGAAAGAGAUUCAGUCAGAGUGGACAUCUGCAUAUCCAUCAAAGGACUCACACAGGGGAGAAGCCACAUACAUGCAUGGAAUGUGGAAAGAGCUUCAGUAAGAGUGGACAUCUGCGUAUCCAUCAAAGGACUCACACAGGGGAGAAGCCACAUACAUGCAUGGAAUGUGGAAAGAGCUUCAGUCAGAGUGGACAUCUGCGUAUCCAUCAAAGGAUGCACACAGGAGAGAAGCCACAUACAUGCAUGGAAUGUGGAAAGAGCUUCAGUCAUAGUGGAAGUCUACGCACCCAUCAAAGGAUUCACACAGGGGAGAAGCCACAUACAUGCAGGGAAUGUGGAAAGAGCUUCAGUAAGAGUGGACAUCUGCGCACCCAUCAAAGGACUCACACAGGGGAGAAGCCACAUACAUGCAUGGAAUGUGGAAAGAGAUUCAGUGAGAGUGGACAUCUGCGCACCCAUCAAAGGACUCACACAGGGGAGAAGCCACAUACAUGCAUGGAAUGUGGAAAGAGAUUCAGUGAGAGUGGACAUCUGCGCACCCAUCAAAGGACUCACACAGGGGAGAAGCCACAUACAUGCAGGGAAUGUGGAAAGAGCUUCAGUAAGAGUGGAAAUCUACACACCCAUCAAAGGACCCACACAAGGGAGAAGCCACAUACAUGCAUGGAAUGUGGAAAGAGCUUCAGUCAGAGUGGAAAUCUACACACCCAUCAAAGGACUCACACAGGAGAGAAGCCACAUACAUGCAUGGAAUGUGGAAAGAGCUUCAGUCGGAGUGACUAUCUACGUUCCCAUCAAAGGACUCACACAGGAGAGAAGCCACAUACAUGCAUGGAAUGUGGAAAGAGCUUCAGUGGGAGUGGAGAUCUGCGUAUCCAUCAAAGGAUUCACACAGGGGAGAAGCCACAUACAUGCAUGGAAUGUGGAAAGAGCUUCAGUAAGAGUGGACAUCUGCGUAUCCAUCAAAGGACUCACACAGGAGAGAAGCCACAUACAUGCAUGGAAUGUGGAAAGAGAUUCAGUGAGAGUGGACAUCUGCGUAUCCAUCAAAGGACUCACACAGGAGAGAAGCCACAUACAUGCAUGGAAUGUGGAAAGAGCUUCAGUCAGAGUGGACAUCUGCGUAUCCAUCAAAGGAUCCACACAGGGGAGAAGCCACAUAAAUGCAUGGAAUGUGGAAACAGCUUCAGUAAGAGUGGACAUCUGCGUACCCAUCAAAGGAUGCACACAGGAGAGAAGCCACAUAAAUAGGACAAGUGCAAAGAAGCCAGAAUGUUUGUCCAAAGAACUUCUAAUGACUAUGACUUAAAAUAGACAUGAACAGGAAGUGGAAGGGGAAGAAAUCACAAAAUCAUAUAACCAUAGAGUUGGAAGAGACCUCAUGGGUCAUCUAGUCCAACCCCCUGCCAAGAAGCAGGAAAUUCCAUUCAAAGCACCCCGGACAGAUGGCCAUCCAGCCUCUGCUUAAAAGCCUCCAAAGAAGGUUCCACAGCUGAACUGCUCUCACAGUGAGGAAGUUCUUCCUUAUGUUCAGGU